CCGAGCCGAGCCCCCAGGGCCAGGACGGGGACGGAGACGUUCCCCCGCCAGGACAGGCGACGCUGAGGCUGCGGGAGCCCCCGCGGUGCCAGGACGGGCAACGGGAGGGGAGCAGACCCAUGAAGCUCCUCCAAGCCGGGGUGCACGGCACGGAGCAGAGCUGCCCCGGCUGAGCCACACGCACCGCCUCUGAGCUCGGGACCGCGGCAGGGAGAGUCUCGCCAGGGCCGGGCAGUGCCGCAGGCACCCGCGGGACGCGGAUGCUGUAGGAAGAUGCCGUGCGGAGCCUGCGGCCGGGUGGUGCUGGUGCUGCUGACCCUCUCCCUCGGCUUCGCAGCCGACGAGCUGCUGUGUGCCUGCGACGUGCCGCACUGCAGCCUGCCCACCUGCACGGGAAAGGUGUGCUUCGUCAGCAAGAGGAAGGAGGAGGGGACCAUCACCCAGCACAGGGGCUGCUUCUCCCAGAACAUCCUGGAGAACUGCCGCACGCCCGUGACGGAGCAGUACGGCAUGAGGUGCUGCGACUCCAGCAUGUGCAACGCCGAGCUAGAGAUCUUCCUGCAAGGAGAAGAGGCCCUAGGAAAGGCUCCUUCCCUGCCCAACCUCCUCCUGAUGAUCUUCGUCCCGCUGCUCGCCCUCCUCGUCCUUGCGGCGCUCACGGCACUCUUUUGCUGGAAGGUGGCCCAGCAGCGCCACAAGAAAAGCGACAUGGGAGACACAGACCUCAUGCUGAAGGCAUCCAUGGUGGGAGACAGCACUUUGGAGGACUUGCUGAACGACGACUGCACCACAGGCAGCGGCUCGGGCCUGCCCUUCCUCGUCCAGCGAACGGUUGCUCGGCAAAUCACCCUCGUGGAGUGUGUGGGUAAGGAGAGCAGCGGGGCACAGGGGGAAGCGUGGCGAGGCGUGUGGCAUGGGGAGAGCGUGGCCGUGAAGAUCUUCUCCUCCCGGGAUGAGCAGUCGUGGUUCCGUGAGACAGAGAUCUACAACACCGUCCUCCUCCGGCACGACAACAUCCUGGGCUUCAUCGCCUCCGACAUGACAUCAAGGAACUCCAGCACCCAGCUCUGGCUCAUCACCCACUACCACGAGAACGGCUCACUCUACGACUACCUGCAGAGGACAGCCCUGGAUGUGGAGACCUGUCUGGGGUUGGCCUCCUCCAUCAUUUGCGGCCUCGUCCACCUCCACGUGGAGAUCUUCGGCACCCAAGGCAAGCCCGCCAUUGCCCACCGCGACCUGAAGAGCAGGAACAUCUUGGUGAAAAGCAACCGGCAGUGCUGCAUCGCGGACCUGGGGCUGGCCGUCAUGCACUCCCAGGGCAGCGACUACCUGGACAUCGGCAACAACCCCCGGGUGGGCACCAAGCGCUACAUGGCCCCAGAGGUGCUCAGCGAGCAGAUCCGCACCGACUGCUUCGAGUCCUACAAGAAGACGGACAUCUGGGCGUACGGGCUGGUGCUCUGGGAGAUUGCCCGGCGGACGGUGGUGAACGGCAUCGUGGAGGAGUACCGGCCACCCUUCUUCGACGCCGUCCCCAGCGACCCCAGCUUCGAGGACAUGAAGAAGGUAGUGUGCGUCGACCAGCAGACCCCCGUGGUCCCCAACCGCCUCUUCUCCAACUCGGUUUUGUCGGCAUUGGCGAAGAUCAUGAAGGAGUGCUGGUACCAGAGUCCCUCAGCCCGCCUCACCGCCCUGCGGAUUAAAAAGACGCUGAAGAAGCUGAACAAUUCCCUGGAAAAGCCCAAGCCGGAGCAGUGAGCGCCAGGCACGCACCGAAGCCGCUCGCGGGCUGCACUGGGGAUGGCGGCGAAGCCAACGCCAGGACGGCUCCCGGUCACAGAGGGGGUUUUGCUCACAGCCCCUGCC